UCCAUCUCUACUACCCUGUGAGGUUUUGGCUGGCUGCGGGCGGCCGCGUAUCUUAUCGCUGCGCACAUCAAUGGAGAUGACCUCCGCCAUGGAGCUUAGCCUUGAGCAGAUCAGGAAAGAGGCCGUUGAUCUGGAGAACAUCUCUAUGGAGGAAGUGUUUGCCUUCCUUAAAUGCUGCAAGGAAGGGCUCAGCACCGAGGAAGCCCAGAAACGCGUCCUCAUGUUUGGUCCCAAUAAAUUAGAAGAAAGAAAGGAGAGCAAGGUGCUCAAGUUCCUAAUGUUUAUGUGGAACCCGCUGUCGUGGGUGAUGGAGAUGGCCGCCGUGAUGGCCAUCGCGCUCGCCAACGGCGACAACCGGCCGCCGGACUGGCAGGACUUUGUCGGCAUCGUGGUGCUCCUCGUCAUCAACUCGACCAUCUCCUUCGUCGAGGAGAACAACGCCGGGAGCGCCGCGGAGGCGCUCAUGGCCAACCUCGCGCCCAAGACCAAGGUGCUGCGGGACGGCCAAUGGAGCGAGGAGGACGCGGCGGUGCUCGUCCCGGGCGACAUCAUCAGCAUCAAGCUCGGCGACAUCGUCCCGGCCGACGCCCGCCUCUUGGAGGGCGACGCGCUCAAGAUCGACCAGUCGGCGCUCACCGGCGAGUGCCUCCCGGUCACCAAGAGCCCCGGCAGCAGCGUCUACUCGGGGUCCACGUGCAAGCAGGGCGAGAUCGAGGCGGUCGUGAUCGCCACCGGCGUGCACACCUUCUUCGGCAAGGCGGCGCACCUCGUCGACAGCACCAACCAGGUCGGCCACUUCCAGAAGGUGCUCAAGGCCAUCGGCAACUUCUGCAUAGGUGCCAUCGCCAUGGGCGUAAUCGUCGAGGUCGUCGUCAUGUACGCGGUCCAGCACCGCCGCUACCGCGAGGGCAUCGACAACCUCCUCGUGCUGCUGAUCGGCGGCAUCCCGAUCGCCAUGCCCACAGUGCUGUCCGUCACCAUGGCGAUCGGAUCCCACAAGCUGUCGCUGCAGGGCGCUAUCACCAAGCGCAUGACCGCCAUCGAGGAGAUGGCGGGCAUGGACGUGCUCUGCAGCGACAAGACCGGCACGCUCACCCUCAACAAGCUCAGCGUCGACCGCACCCUCGUUGAGAUCUUCGCCGCGGGCGUUACGAAGGACGACGUUAUCUUGUUCGCCGCCAGGGCGUCUAGGGUGGAGAACCAGGACGCCAUCGACGCCGCCAUGGUCGGUAUGCUGGGUGACCCGAAGGAGGCCAGGGACGGCAUCGAGGAGGUGCACUUCUUCCCGUUCAACCCCGUCGACAAGCGAACGGCUCUCACCUACAUCGAUCUGGCCGAUGGGAGCUGGCACCGUGUCAGCAAGGGUGCACCAGAACAGAUACUGGCUCUCUGCAACUGUGGAGACGACGUGUGCAACUUGGUUCACACUGUGAUAGACAAAUAUGCCGAGCGUGGUCUUCGAUCUCUUGCGGUUGCAAGACAGCAAGUUCCGGAGAAGAGCAAAGAGAGCCUCGGAGAUCCAUGGGAAUUCGUUGGUCUGCUUCCUCUGCUGGACCCUCCGAGGUCGGACAGCUCCGACACAAUCAAGCGCGCGCUCGACCUCGGUGUCAACGUCAAGAUGAUCACCGGUGACCAGCUCGCCAUUGCCAAGGAGACCGGGAGACGGCUAGGGAUGGGCACCAACAUGUACCCGUCGUCCGCUCUGCUCGGGCAGAGCAAAGAUGAAGCCACCGCUUCGGUCCCCGUGGACGACUUGAUCGAGAAGGCCGACGGCUUUGCUGGCGUCUUCCCAGAGCACAAGUACGAGAUCGUAAAGAGGCUGCAGGAGAUGAAGCACAUCUGCGGGAUGACGGGAGACGGGGUGAACGACGCGCCCGCCCUGAAAAAAGCCGACAUCGGAAUCGCCGUGGCGGGAGCCACUGAUGCGGCACGGAGCGCCUCCGACAUCGUUCUUACCCAAGAAGGCCUCAGUGUCAUCAUCAGUGCCGUGCUCACCAGCAGGGCCAUCUUCCAGAGAAUGAAGAACUACACUAUAUACGCGGUGUCGAUCACUAUUCGUAUUGUGCUCGGAUUCUUGCUGAUUGCAUUGAUAUGGAAAUUUGAUUUCUCGCCAUUUAUGAUCCUGGUCAUCGCCAUUCUAAACGAUGGCACUAUCAUGACUAUUGCCAAGGACAGAGUCAAACCGUCGCCGCUCCCCGAUAGCUGGAAGCUAAAUGAGAUCUUUGCCACGGGCGUGGUGUAUGGAACCUACAUGGCUGUGAUGACCGUGGUGUUCUUCUGGGCCAUGAGAAGCACAGACUUCUUCUCUAACACCUUCCACGUGAGAUCUCUGCGCGGCAGCACCGAGGAGAUGAUGUCUGCCCUGUACCUGCAAGUCAGCAUCAUCAGCCAGGCCCUCAUCUUCGUGACGCGGUCUCGCAGCUGGUGCUUCGCCGAACGCCCCGGCUUCUUGCUGUGCGCAGCGUUCGUGAUCGCGCAGAUCGUUGCCACUCUGAUUGCAGUGUGGGCCGACUUUGGGUUCGCCCACAUCAGAGGAAUCGGGUGGGGGUGGGCGGGCGUCAUCUGGCUCUACAGCGUCGUCACCUUCGUCCCGCUCGACCUGUUCAAGUUCGCCAUCCGCUACGUGUUGGCUGGCAAGGCCUGGAACAAUCUCCUGCAGAACAAGACGGCCUUCACGACGAAAAAGAACUACGGCGGGGAGGAGCGCAUGGCGCAGUGGGCGACGACGCAGCGCAGCCUGCACGGCCUCCCGGUGACCGAGCCCGAGGCCGGCGGCAGGCGCAGCGGCAGCUUCGUGGAGUUGUCGGAGGUCGCCGAGCAGGCCAGGCGACGAGCCGAGUUCGCGAGGCUUCGCGAGAAGAACACCCUUAGGGGCCAGCUGGAGUCGUCGGCGAGGCUCCGCGGCGUCGACCUCAACGCGAUCAAAUCGCCGUUCUACAGCGUGUAGACGGGCGGAGUAGUUUGUCGGGGCCACCUUGCCUCGCUAAGUUGUUACGCAAGUUACGUUUGUUUGUUUUUUUUAUUUUGAACAUUAAAUUUAAUUUUGUUUAUUCAUCAUC